AUGGAAAUCAGUAUAAUCGAAGUUGUAAUAUUUUCUAUGCCAAUUUCCAGACCGAGGUAUAAUCAAGCGACGAUGAAGCUGUUCUCACUACAAAUCCUUUAUAAAACUGAUACAUCAGCUAAAUUAUUACAAGCUUCACAUGAGCUGUCCAGCUUCGGUUAUUUUCAGCGAUCCAGUGUCAGAGAAGUGAUGGACUUUGCUGCUAAACUAGUCUGUGAACGAACAGCUCGUUGCCAACGCGGACUUGUUAAAGAACAAGAUUAUAUUUGUCAUGUUUAUGUUCGACAUGAUAAUCUAUGCGGUGUACUGAUUUGUGAUCAAGAAUAUCCUCAAAGGGUUGCUCAGACGUUACUAACCAAAAGCAAACGUUACCAAAAUAUAUUAGUAGUACAACACUAUACUACUGAUAUAAGUUAA